AUGGAAGCAGCCUUCCCCCAAGCACAGACAAGGUUCCUGGAACCCCAGAAGAGGCUCGUACAGAGCCCCAAGGCGCCGUCCGCCACCGACUCAUCGUCUGAAGACUCCCACACCGAGGCCGACGCACGACCAACGCCACAACAAGCUCAAGCUCUAACCAACACCCGAAAAGAACGUGAAGCGAUCCGGAAGAAAAUUUACCACCAGCGACUCAAGAACGAGCGGGAAUCCUUACGUCAAAGUGUCGUGGAUCUGUCCAAGCAGCUCGAGGAGCUCAAGCACAGCGACAAUUCCGGCCUCUUAGCAGCCAGGGACUCAAUCUGGCGGAAGAAUGCGCUGCAGCAGCGUCACGAGCUGCACAGAGCCCAAGCGGAGCAAUCGCAGCUAUUAACGGCAGCAAAGUCUCAGGCCGCGUACAUCAAGACCAUGUGCAAGCAACUGCCCGAGCUCAAAGACGAAUCCAGUCCAGAUCCUCAAAUCAAAGUCAUGCUACGAGGUCGGAACUACCCGCCCUUCGACGCUGCAAUGUAUCGCGGACACGUCCAGAGGGUUAUCGAGAGUUACGCUCGAGUAGAUGAAGUGUUUCAGGGGUUUUCAACUAUGGAGGAGCGAGUGUUUAACUCCGUCAAGCGACGAGAAUCCGAUGGAGACGUGGAAUAUCUGCAGCAUUUGAACAAAUUCACGCAGCCUUUCAGCUUCGAGAAAACCCACAAGACUUUAUGGGAAAUAUGUCAGUUAAAACAUCGACAGCACGAUCGGAACGAAUACAAGGGGCUGUCGGACCCUAAGAACUCCAUUGUGCUAAGGUUCCGAUUGAUCCCAGAGCUGACGACGGGCGAGCUGGCGUCCGUACUGCAGCGGUAUGUUAUGCGUCGGUACGAGGAGGAGAACCGAGUCGUGCUAGUGUGGAAAAACCACUCUGAAGGGGAAGGAGUGCUGAGCGGCAUGCACUCAGAUGAGACGGGAUGGAUUUAUCUGCAACCGGGGUUGGAGGAGGACUCGACGGAGAUUGGAGUGUGCAUCCGCCAAGUUCCGAUGCAGUUCAGCGUUUCGACUUCUGGCGACAUCGCCCAAGAAUUCCGCCGAGUUCUGCAGAACUAUGUGCACGAGGACAUGUUAGCGAUAACUCGAGCGCUAGAUCGAAUGCUGCUGGAGGAGACGCUGAAAGAUAUCAACGUGUGA